AUGUGUGAAAACGAAAACGACUUAAUUACUAUAGGAAAGUUUGUAAUAGUAAAAAGAUUGAAUUUUAAAAAAAUUUAUAAGGUAGCUGUUAAUGGCACUUUAAUGUUGGGAAAAAAUUUAAUACAAAUGCAUGAAAUUAUUGGAAAACGCUUUUGGACUACUUUUGAAAUGGUACCAAUAAAAGAGGGAAAACGAACAUAUUCAUUGAGAGAAGUAUUAGAAACAGAAACAUUAAAUGAUUUAUUAAACGAAUUACCAAGUGGUAAUGACAAUCGUUCUAUUAUUGAUGAUGGUACAUCACAGAAACUUUCCAAGGAAGAAAUACUUCAGCUUCAAGAAUCUGGCAAAAGUGGAAAAGAAAUAGUGGGUAGUUUAAUUAAAAACAAUAAGUCUUUCUUAGAUCGAACAGAAUAUUCACAGGAAAAGUAUCUAAAAAAAAAGGAACAAAAAUAUCUUCGGUAUUUAACAAUAUGCAAACCAAGUAUAAGUUCAUUACAUGAUGUAUAUUUUAAACUAGAUCAUACUAAAAUUGGAAAUUUAAGAAUGGACUCUUUGUCACAGUUAUUAUCAUAUAGCGAUAUUCAAUCAGAGGGAUUAUAUAUAUUAUAUGAUAAUGGAUCACAGGGGCUGCCAGCUGCUGCAAUGUUAAAUAGAAUAGGUUCAAAUACAACAGGAUGUUUAAUCAAUUUGCAUCCUGGAAAUGUUCCUCAAGUUGUGCUGAUUAAUGCUAUGAAUUUUUCUAAAGAGCAAUCAGAGAGGCUACUUAAUGUUAACAUAUAUAGCUUUCUGAGAUUAUAUUAUCAAGGUGAAGGUGCUGUGUUGAAUAACAUUUCUAAGAAAACUCUUAAUAACUGCACAAUAAAACAAAAUGAAAGUAAGAGUGAUGGUGAAAAUCAUAUAAAUAAUGAAAUUUUGGAAAUAAAAGAGAUAGAUAUCAGAGAACAAAAUUUGGAUGUUAAUGUUAAUGAUUCAAAUGAAACACUCAAGCAUAGUACAGACAGUAGUUUAAAACGUAAAUUGAAUGAAUGUAAUGAGUAUGAAUUUACAGAAGUUAUACCUGCAAAAAAACCAAAGUGGUUAUUGGAAACGCAACGAGCAGUAGAGCUUGUAAAAAAUACUAAAGCUCGAGGUUUAGCUAUUGUGGCAAAAGAGCAUCCUUUAAAUAUUGUUAAUGCUCUUUUACCCUUUUUAGGACCUUCUAGACCAUUUGUAAUCUACCACAUAUAUCGAGAACCAUUACAAGAAACUUAUAUGAUGUUAAAACAAAAACAAAAUGUUAUUAAUCUGAGACUUUUUACUAAUUUCUUGCGUUCAUACCAAGUACUACCAGAUAGAACACAUCCUGAUAUUUUAACUAGCGAUACAGGAGGUUAUUUAUUAACUGGAUAUUUAAUUCAAUGA